UUUGCGCCAGAACAUUUUUAUUUCAGGCUAUCAACUGUAAAACUAUGCAGCAAUGAGGUAAACGUAUUGGUCUGCUGAUAGUGUAGGCGCGCCAUUGUUUCAUUAAUUAUGACUCUGUAUAACACUGAAGCAAAACACUGUGUGCACCAUUGGAAAAUUUACUCGGUCUGCCUGAUCAACUUGUUUUUACACUUUGGUAUUCUUGCUCAAUCUGGAUCCGUGACAGUAGAUCCUGCUACAGCAAAAUUGGGUGAAAAUGCAACAAUGACAUUUACAUUCACACCUUCACCAGGAAAAGCACUUCUAUAUGUGUCGUGGUUCAAAAGUAAUGCAGAUGGUGUACAGGGGGAUAGUAUUAUAAAUAAUAUUCUUGGAAACCCACAACCCAAUGAUAGAUACAGCUUAAAUAGCAACGGAUACCUUAUUAUAUCUGAUGUUAUGAAAGCAGAUACAGAUUACUAUCUGUGUAAACUAACUGUAUCAGAUGGUAGCAAUGCAGACGGGUUAUCAACAUUAACAGUCUACUAUCUUGAGACACCAACUUUGGAACCGACAAAUAUAUAUGUCAAUGAAACUGAAAAAAAUGCAAUGUUCACGUGUCCUUUUCCCGAUGGUGUUCCAACACCUAUCGACAUCUUAUGGAUCAAAGAUGACAGCGUACUUUGUGUGUCUAAUACUGAGAAAUAUCCACAGUCAGACACAACAUUAGAGAUCAGCAAAGUCAAUGAAAUGGAUGAAGGAGACUACCAAUGUAGAGCAGAGAAUGCAGCUUACAAUGGGAAUGAAGGAAAGUUGAGUAAUAAAGGAACACUGUCAUUGUUUAGGCCUACUUCCCCAUCAACGACAUCCAUAGCAUCCAUAGCCAGUUCUUUCUCCAUAGUACCAUCAUUAACAUCCGUAGCAAGUAUUUCAACCACGGUACCACAGAAAUAUACAAGUUCAAAUACUAACCUUCUAGUUGGAUUGACGUUUCUAAGUUUCUUACUGAGAGUCCUUUUAUCUUCAAUUAUAUUUGUCGUCCUUGGAAAGAUGAGAAAUUCAAAGCCACAGGUAACCAACGCAAUAUCGAGACAUUACGAAGAACCGGCGGUAACUGGAGCAACACCUGGACAUUAUGAACAACCGGCGGUAAAUGAAGCAACAUCCAGAGAUUACGAACUACCGACGAAUUUACUUAUUAAUUUUAAUAAAAUAAAAUAUAGGCUAUACUUUAUCUCCAAGGUAUCCGAAGCAGCUCCAAGAAAUGAAAAACAUCCAUCGGCUUAUACGGCGUACAUAGUUGAGCCGGAGGCAGAUAACAAGUAUGAAGAUCUACAGUGGAAUAAUGACAACCCAGUUGUCUAUGUAAACGUCAAGUGAAAAACUUACAAUGUUAAUUUCAAUGUGAUAUUGUUCUGAAAUCGAGAAAAUAAUUACAACGUAUGGUGUUGCUGAUUAAUUAUACAAUGGUAUUUUUACUUUUAUUCUGCAUUUCUCUUUUUAAAUACAUAUUUUGUUCAAAUUAACACAUCGUAAACUGAUGCAAUCAAUAAUUAUCAUAAUAAAUGUUGUCAAUUUGGUCAUAAUUGCCUACUGUAUUCACGUAUUAACAUAAGAUUCAAAUAAUGAUAACAAAUACUCUUAUGGGUUUGUAAACAGUUUUUCAUUUUGCUAUUUGUCGUUCAAGUUCCUUUAGAAACAUUUUAAAACACUUAUUAUGUAUGACACACUUAAUUAUAGAGGUUAUGUGAUGUAUAAUGAUGUAAAUAUUAUUUCUGAGAUUAAAUAUAGGAAUGAGAAACGAGUGCUAAAUUAUGUAUGUUUUAAUGGGUAGGACAGGUAAUAAGGGACAAGAUAACUAAAGACAAUACAGUACUCAACACUCUCUGAGACAUUCAUGUGACGGAAAUUUUACAACUUCGGAGGCAAUUAUAAUUCUUGCCAAAGGAAACAAUACACAUAAUAUUAUGUACAUAAUAGUCCUACUCUAGGUCAACUUCACGAGCACUAAGCAUUAAAAUAUAUCAUAGUAUGUUAUACUUAGGUCUUCAUUUCUAUGGAAGGUAUUAUCUAUGCAAUACCAGUUUAAGUUAGUCACGUAGGCCUAUCAAAUUAAAAUCAUAAAACAUAAUGAACAGAAUAACAUAAACCGGUAAAACGUUAGUGUAUAAGUAUUUAUUUAAUACCAGCCAAAGGUGUGCUAUAACUGCAUACAAAAUUACUAAAUCAGGAGCUAAAAUAUUAUUCAUUCUAGCAAUUUUGUUUAGGGAAAAACAUUCCAAAAUUAUGACUAGUAUGGAGUCAUAUAAUUCGACCAAUCAUAGGGUGGAAUGUUUCUUACUGUGUUAAGGUUAAAAAAAUUAAUUCUGGGACACUACGUAUAAAGUUACCAGCUACUUAUAAUAUAAUAAUUGUGGUCUGUGAGACUCAGCUGUCCCAAUUUUUGUCGAAACAGUCCACAGUUGAACAAUUGGAAGUAUAGAGAGAUGCUCUAUUCACCAGUACUCGAAAAAUACAGGCUCCUAGCGGGGGCAUGUGUCAAAAUGUACACAUUGCAAAACAAUAAAGGAAUCUCGUGGCCAUGACAUACAGUAAUAGUCAAUGAAAUGUAUAUUUUUUUUUGUUUAGGCCGUGCUAAUAUACAAUAACAGGAAAGUGUGAUAAGUCAAUUUUGUACCUAAAGACAAUUCGAACGAAUUGUGCACUUUCAAUAUACUUUUAAACAGGAAGCCAGAACAUAUUUUAAUUUUUAAGCUAGCUGUCAACUGUACACUAAUGUACAGUGGCGACUCUAGGAUAUAUUUUCUGGGGGGGGGGGCUAAGUUGUC